AUGGAAGUGUCAUCCCUAUUUAGCCGGCUGAAUUGUUUACAUUUUGUUUUUCUUAAUUUGUGAUCUGCAUUUUUGAAAUCUAUCAUGACCUGUGAUACCACCGAGGCUUUGGCAGCCCACAUGUGUGAGCUGGUCCAGUUUUAUAUGCUGCCUGAGCUUAAAGAAGAUCUGGACAACGUGCAGUUGGGGGCGUCACAAUUUGAGAGUUAUCAUUCCCUGCUAAUUCAGGAUUUGCCAAAGCUCUAUGACAUGGUCCAGGAAUUUCUUAAGAAAUCUGAUGAUACGGGUCACGAGGAGUUAAGAAUAAAGCUGCUCCUACUGCUUUGUGAAUUAACUGCAGCUCCCACAGUGUAUCAACUUACGGAUGGAAAACUUUUAAAAAACGCCAACGACCUAGCUGAGAAGCUAUCCCAAAAUUGGUGGGUGUCCACGGACUCACAAAUUCUUAAAUAUUAUGAGAGCAAACUGCACAAGGAUAGCUGGAAGCGACAACUGGGCGCAGUGCACGGCUUCGCCCGAUACCUGGAGUUGAGAUACUCAGAAAAGCUUAAAAUGCCCAUCCAAAUGCUAACAUUCGCUCUGUCUGUGGGUUUGAAUGUGCGCGAAUGCUAUGAUCCUGCCUACAAACAGCUUGCAGUGAAGAUCUUCAUAGUGAUGCUUAAAUAUAGUGAUGUCAGUAAUAUUCAAGAGCUUAAUAUUCAAAGCGUGAUCUAUGAGCAUGCUCUGAAGGAUGCUUACAACAUGGAGUCCAUCGAAGCUAUGGGUUCAGUUUGGAAUUGCUUGUACCUGUGCCUGGAUCAUUUCAAAGAAUUGGAUGCGUUUACGUGGAACCAGUGCGAUGACAUGCUAGAACGGCUCAUCCGCAACGUGACCAUGGCCUCCAGCCCGAAAACCUCCAUUUGUAUGCUGAAGUAUAUCAUCCGACUGGGUUACUAUUUCACCAUCAACCGCACCGAUGUCGAAGAAGCUCUUACCGCGAACCUUGCUGAUCCAAUUGAAUUGGCAGCCAGUCGGGAUGUGUGUCUGUCACUGAGCGCAAGCACCAGCUAUCGUUGGGCCAAGGCCAUUCUUGCAAUGUUUGUCCUGGAGUCUGAGAAACUUCUACAGAGCCCCGAAGUUUGCGUAGAGCUCCUGCAACAAAUUCUUAGGUGCUACUUGGUUUGCAUCCUACCAAUUCCCGUAGAAGCUCUGCGUUAUCAUUUACCCGAAUUUUAUAGUAAAUUUGUGGCUGUUUUGAUGGAAUGUCUGACGAUUCAUGAAAGAACACCUCCUGUUUUAAAGUUCGUGGAAAGGUUUAUAGAAACAUUUAUCUAUCAACUGGCCAAUUGCUCGACGCAGAAACUUCCUAGUGAUUUACAAAAGUUUAUGGAUGAUUUGAAAACUUUACAAAACAAAAUUACAGAGUAGAUUAGAUGUUAUAUAUAUUUUAU